UUCUUCCUCCCUCCCCCAUCUCUCUCUCCUCCUCCACCCUCUACCUCUCCUCUCGCCCAAACGUCACUAUGGAAACCGGGAUGAGUAUCUUUGUGACUGGCACUGAUUUUGGGGAUGUGUGGUUCAUCGGAACCUCCCAGUUUGCUAAAGGGGUGUGGCUAGGGAUUGAACUACUGAAACCUAAUGGAAAGAACGAUGGGUCGGUGAAAGGACAUCGCUACUUUUGCCGCAAGCCUUCUCACGGACUGUUCGUCAAGAGAAAGCCACUCAUCGAGGAAUCAACUGCUCCAAGAUCCUACGUACCUACCUCCUGCCUUGAGAACAACUCUUAACAUUGUGAUGUCAUCAUUAUGUAAUGUAUGUUUUC